GGCGAUGACGAAAGCGUUAGAAGCCGCGGUGAAGGCGCGCAUGGUCGAGCUCGGCGGUGAGUCCGCGGCGCACGCGCCGUCCGUCGCCGUCCGUUUAGUCUCGUGCGUGCCGCAGUCGCUCCGCGUCCAGGGCGUGCUGCGCAAGCACUUCGUCGGGCCCGGCGGCGCCGAAUUGCCCGAGGCCAUCCCCUUCGAGUCGCGGUCCGUGGUCCUCUUCCAGAAGAACGACGGCGUCGAUUUGUGCGUCUUCUCCAUGUACGUCCACGAGUUCGGCGACGCGUGCGGCCCGUCCGCGAAACGCGUCUACGUGGCUUAUCUGGAUUCCGUGGAGUACUUCCGGCCGCGCACGGCGCGGACCGAGGUCUACCACGAGCUCUUGGUGGCCUACCUGGACUGGAGCCGGCGGCGGGGGUUUACCGCGGCGCACAUCUGGGCCUGCCCGCCGCAGCGGGGCAACAACUUCAUCUUCUGGUGCCACCCGACGCACCAGCGCACGCCCUCCCGCGAGCGGCUCACGGAGUGGUACCGGGCCAUGGUGCGCCGCGCCGUGGAGACGGGCGCCGUGAGUCGGGUCGCGUCGCUCUACGACGAGUACCUCGCGGCCGUCGACACGAUGCGGCGCCGCCACAAGCCCGGCGACCGCAAGAGGAACCCGGCCUGGGUCGACAAGCUCGAGAAGCCGCCGGCGAAGAAGGACGACGAGAAGAAGGACGAGGCGUCCUGCCGCGACGCGCCGCGGCCGCCGGACCCGAAAUCCCCCAAGGCCGCGCCCAAGUCGGCGCCGCCGCUCUCCGAGUCGCAGUCGUCCGAGGCGCCGGCCUGCCCGCCGCUCUUCGACGGCGACUACUGGCCCGAGGAGUGCUGCCGCCUCGUGUCGCUCAUCGAGCGGCGCAAGGGCUUGUUCGGGAGCCACUCUUUACGGUCCCAGAACGACGUGUCGGUCUACGACCAUUUCGUGAACUUAUUGAAGCACGUCGUGCAGCAGCCGUCGAGCUACCCCUUCAUGGCGCCCGUGGACGCGGAGGCGCUGGGCCUGGCGGACUACCACGACGUCGUCAAGGCGCCCAUGGACCUGGGCACCGUGGAGCGGCGCCUCGGCGGCGGGUCCUACGCCAACCCCCAAAAGCUCGUCGACGACGUGCGCCUGACCUUCGCGAACGCGCAGAAGUACAACCCGCCGGCGCACCCCGUGCACGAGGCGGCGACGCACCUGGGCUGCGUCUUCGAGAAGAAGCUCCAGAACCUGCUCCAGCGGCUCAAGUCCGCGGGCCAGCUCGACGACGCGCGGAAGUUCCUCCGCGAGUUCCCGCUCUCCGGGGCCGCGGCCGCGGCGCCGGACCGCGGCGCGCCGCCGCCGCCGCCGCCGCCUUCCGCGCCGUCGUUGCGGGCGCGCCUGCUGCCGGAGCUCGCGUCGAGCGUCCACAAGAUGAAGGACUCGCAGUUCGUGCUCUAUUUACAACCGGACGAGCGGCCGCCGACGGAGCCCGGCGCGCCCGCGCGGCCGCGGAAGCCGAAAGGCCCCUCGUCCAUCGACGACCCCGACGCCGACACGCGCGUGACCAACGCGCUCGUCGACUCGCGCCACACGUUCCUCGAGAUGUGCCAGUUCUGGCACUACCAGUUCGACACGUUGCGCCGCGCGAAGCAUUCGUCGAUCAUGCUCCUCUACCACCUCCACAACCCGCACGCCGACUCCUUGGCCAUCCUCUGCUCCAACUGCUCCCGCGAGGUCAAGCGCGUCCGCUGGCACUGCGCGACGUGCAUCGACUACAACAUCUGCCGCGACUGCGAGCGCCAGGGCCGCCAGGUGCACCACCACAGCCUCACGCCCUUCCGCAUCACCUUCGCGAGGCGCCGCGCGCUCCCGCCGCCGGAGGCGCCCGCGGCCUAGCGGGGGGGGGUAACGGGCUGGCUGGCUCG